AUGCGGUCGAGCCCAUUGGCAGCAUUCAUCUCCCUAUAUCAAUUGGGGCCGCAACCCAGCGGACGACGAUCACUACCCCCUUCCUUAUUGUUGAUUGCAGUAACCAAGGCUCCCGCCCCUCCUCAAGCUGGUACAGAACCACCUGAGGACUCAAGGGAGGAGUCUAUCACAUCACAGGCUGAACCUAUGGAGGACCUGGAACUGAUUAGCCUUUAUGACGACAUCCCAGAUCGACAAGUUCGGAUCUGCACCUCUAUCUCGCCAGAGCUUCGCUCUGACCUGGUCGCCUUCCUCCGCCUCAACUCCGAAGUCUUUGCAUGGUCCUACAAUGACAUGCCUGGCAUAUCACCAGACAUCAUAUCCCAUAGGCUUAGCGUCAAUCCUGCCGUCCGACCAGUCCGACAGAAGCGUCGUGCUUAUGACCCCGAGCGCUAUGAGGCCAUGAGGGCGGAGGUGGAUCGUUUGAGUAGUAUCAGAUUUAUCAGGGAGGUUGCCUAUCCUACAUGGCUGGCCAAUGUCGUGAUGGUAGUCGACGCCACAUCGGGCCACGCCCUCCUUAGCUUCAUGGAUGCUUAUUCAGGUUACAACCAGAUCUUCAUGCACCCCGAAGACCAGGCCCACACCUCUUUCAUUACGGACCGAGGCCUCUACUGCUAUAGGGUGAUGCCCUUUGGCCUGAAGAACGCCGGGGCUACGUACCAGCGACUGGUGAACCACAUUUUCGCCCCAUUGAUUGGCAAUACCAUGGAGGUUUAUGUCGACGACAUGCUAGUCAAGAGUCGCACAGCUGACAAACACAUCCUCAACCUCUCCGCUAUGUUCACCAUCUUGAAGCAGUACAAAAUGAGGCUUAACCCCACCAAAUGGCGUGUCGCAGCCCUGACUAGAUUUAUCUCCAAAGCCACUGACCGCUGCGCCCCAUUCUUCAAGGCCCUUAAGGGUACCAAGCGAAACAUCACCUGGACUGCUAAAUGCGACACGGCUUUCAGCGAGCUCAAGGAGUAUAUGGGCAGGGCCCCUUUAUUGUCAACCCCUAAGCACGGAGACAUCCUCGUGAUUUAUCUCUCCGUCUCAGCUUCGGCUGUUAGCUCUAUGCUCAUUCGAUCAAAGGAUAACGCAGAGCACCCAGUGCAUUAUGUGUUGCAGAAGCCAGAAACUUCUGGGAGGCUGGUUGAGUGGGCCAUUGAACUUGGUGAGUUUGAUAUUCAUUACAAACCCCGCCCGGCUAUAAGGGGGCAGGCCGUUGCUGACUUCUUAUCUGAAUUCACGGAGCACCAAGCUUCAGCAGCUACCCAGCUCAUAACCGAACCCAAUCUCUCUCUGAGCCAGGACCAAACCCCCAGCAAAAGCACUCUCGACCUAACCCAGCCCCUAUGGACCUUAUUCGUAGAUGGCUCUUCUAAUGCCCAAGGGUGUGGGGCCGGCCUCGUUCUCGUCUCCCCAGACAAGGUUGCCCUCGAGUACGCCCUCCGCUUCAAAUUCCAAGCCUCCAACAAUGAGGCCGAAUAUGAAGCACUCUUAGCUGGUCUUCGACUAGCCAAAGAGAUGGACGCCAAACAAAUUCAGAUAUUCAGCGACUCACAACUCGUUGUCCACCAAGUCAACCAGGACUUCACGGCCAAGGAUGCCUCUAUGACGGCUUACCUCCAGCACGCUCGGCACUUGCUGGCAACCUUCCACGCCCGCUCUAUCAGGCAAGUGCCGCGCUCAGAGAAUAGCCAUGCCGAUGCACUAGCCAGGUUAGCCUCAGCCUUGGAGCAAGGAAUGGGUCGCCACAUCCACAUCGAGUUUUUGGCCCAGCCCAGCACCCAAGCCCCACUCAUCUGCACUAUUGAUCACAGCCCUACAUGGAUGGACCCCAUCCUCCAGUUCUUGCAGAACCAAACACUACCGGCUAACCCAGCCGAGGCACGACGCGUUCGCCAUCGCUCUGCCCGAUACCUGAUCAUUAACGGCUCCUUAUACAAGCGGGGUUUCAGCCUUCCUUACCUCCGAUGCCUGACUCCAGAGGAGGGUCACUAUGUCCUCCGAGAAAUCCAUGAAGGCAUCUGCGAGGGCAAGGGCCAAGUCAAAUAUGCAGUUGUGGCCGUAGACUACUUCACCAAGUGGGCUGAGGCCGAGGCCCUGGCCACUAUCGCUGCGGCUCGCAUCGAAUCUUUUGUGUGGCAAAGCAUUGUAUGUCGCUUCGGCAUCCCCAACUCCAUCGUCACCGACAAUGGCCGGCAAUUUGACAAUGCCAAAUUCAAACAAUUUUGUUCCAACCUCAAGAUUCAUCUAUGCUUUGCCUCCCCAGCCCAUCCUCAGUCCAAUGGCCAGGUCGAAGCCGUGAACAAAAUUAUCAAGAAAACUCUCAAGACAAAACUUGACAAAGCCAAGGGCUGCUGGCCAGAACUACUCCCGGAAGUACUCUGGUCCUACCGCACCACCUUCCGCACAUCCACCGGUGAAAUGCCAUUCUCCCUAUCAUUUGGAACUGAGACCGUGGCACCGGUAGAGAUUGGCCAGCCUACAUACCGAAUCUCCACUUACGAUGCCAAAGCCAAUGACGAGCAGUUGGCCCUCAACCUCGACUUCAUUGACGAGCUCCGAGACCAAUCAAGCAUGCACAAUGUCGUGUACAAACAAUGCAUUACGACUCCCGAGUCAAUCCCCGCGCUUUCAAAAUAG